UACUUGGUAUGGGGAGAUAAUCAAUUAACUAAAAACAACUUCCGGUGAAUAAAGAACUGACAUUUCUUAUUUCUUGAACUUUUAAUUACAUUACAAAAUGACAAGACAUUCAAAGAACUGCACAGCAGGAACAGUGUAUACAUACCAUGAAAGGCAGAGAGAUACAAAAUCAUCAGGCUAUGGAAGUAAAAGUGCCAGAUUUGGAAAAGAUUCAAUCAAGAAUUUUGACUGUUGUUGUCUGACACUACAACCAUGCAGGAAUCCUAUUGUAACACCAGAAGGUUUUCUAUAUGACAAAGAAGCUAUACUAGAAUUCAUCAUACAACAAAAGAAGCAGAUUGCAAGAAAGUUGAAAGAAUAUGGAAAACAGAUAAAUAAAGCUAAUGAAGAACUACAAGAAUUAGCCAAAGCAGAGUUAGAAACAAAGAAACAGAAACUUAUUAGUCAUGUGGAAGCCCCAUCUGACAAAAAUGCCAGUGGUAAAGAUGAUAAAAGUAUUUGCAACAUGAACAAUGGUAAAGGUAAAGAAUUACCCAGUUUCUGGGUCCCUGCUUUAACACCAGCUGCUGCUCCUACUAAAGUAGAGAAACCUGAUGAAAAAGUAAGAUGUCCAAUGAGUGGUAGACCAAUCAAGUUAAAAGAUUUUAUUGAUGUCAAGUUUACACCAAUAAAUGACAGAGAUUCUAAAACAGCUCUUAUUUCAAAAGAGGCUAGAUAUGUAUGUGCUGUUACAAAUGAUGUCCUUGGAAAUUCUGUCCCAUGUGCAGUUCUUAAGACUUCAGGCAGUGUUGUAACUAUGGAAUGUGUAGAAAAGUUGAUAAAGAAAGACAUGUUGGAUCCAAUUAAUGGCAAGAAAAUGACAGACAAAGACAUCCUACCUUUACAAAGAGGAUCAUCUGGAUAUUCAGCAUCAGGACACACACUAGAGGGCAAAAAAUAUGGCCCUUCUGUCAUGGCUUAAAGUGUGGAGAUCUUUAAAAUUAUGGCCCUUCUGUCAUGGCUUAAACUGUGGAGAUCUUUAAAAAUAUGGCCCUUCUGUCAUGGCUUUAACUGUGGAGAUCUUUAAAAAUAUGGCCCUUCUGUCAUGGCUUAAACUGUGGAGAUCUUUAAAAAUAUGGCCCUUCUGUCAUGGCUUAAACCGUGAAGAUCUUUUAUAACAUGUUUCAGACUUUUAAAAAUUGAUGAUAAGAGAUAAAAUCAGUAUUCAAUGGAAAAUAAAAUAAUGUACAUCAAGUUGAAUUGUUCCAGGAAAGGCUGAUCUGUGUAUAAACAUUAGGAGCUUCAAGUCAGCAUGGGGCAACCAAAAUUUGAAGUUAAGUUUUAUGAAUUUUAUUGUUUAUUUAUUUUAUUUUAUAAGUAUUGUUUUUAAAGUGGGUUGUAGAAGCCAUGGUGUUGUAUCCUCUCAAAAUAUCAAUAUAAAGUUUACCGGGGUAGUUAAAUAUUGAUAUGGCUAUUCAGUGGCAAAUAGUCCUUUCAGAGAUGAGACAUUAUACUUUUUUAUUACUUUUAAAUUAUAACAAUAUUGCGUACUGUUGUAGUGUUCCAUAUUUUUUUAGUAGUUUGAAGAAAUACAUGUAAACCUAUUUUCAAGUACUGAUUACAUUGUGUAUGAAUUGUUUAUAAAGAAUGGAUAUUUUGUGCAAUCAAGAGUGGAUAUGUGUAUAUUUUGCAUUGUUUUUUUUAUGUCCACUACAAAAUGUGUAUUAAAUGUAUAUUAUAAACUUGUAUUAUAAAACCAUUAUCAACAAAUAAAGAAAAUAAACAACA